AUGCCUCUCCUUGUAGCAUCGGUGUCCAUUGGUGCACUGGUUGUGCCAUCUUACCCUGCGGUAAGCCCGCUGUGGGUUCACUGGACGGUUCGGACGUAUCCAUUGGAGCCAAAGGUUCUAGGCUACGACGAUCCUCACGGCGAAAUGCUGGUUGACGACGAGGACAUGCCGCCACCUAGGGCCAGCCCGAACCGGAUCUUGAUGAUGAUCCUAUCGAGCUUGGUACCGGUGGUGAUCCUCCUUCGGAUCCUCCCGGAGGCGGCGCGCAGGUGCCGGCGCCGGAUGGGGACUCAGAGCUGGAUACGCCACGCGAUCCGGACGAUGGUGGAGGACGGUCCACAGGGGCCGGGACGCAAAUGCGUGCGCGGGGCCCUCACCUGGAUGAUAUGUCUACGGCUUAGUCGAUCAUGGUGCAUCCAUCCGGUCCUCCGGUGGUGUUGCUGCCUGGACAGUCGGCAGGAAAGAAGGAUCCCGAUCCUGCGGGUGACUUUCCGGUUGCAGAACCUGUCUGCCGUUCCUGGUUUGCCGCCCAUGACUGAGGGAGAAUUUCCUAUUCAGCAAGCACCCAUCCCAGAACCCACCCCGGAACCUCCUGUGCCGGAUGCCGGUGGCGAGUCGGAUGUCCUGAUCCGUUUGCCUAAAAAUUUCUCGGUGCCCUCGUUUGUGCCGUUGGAUGGUGACGGGUUUGCGUCCUGGUUGACCAAGCAGGAUAAAAUCAAGGCGGGUACCCUUGCGCCCGAAACGCAGCGCAAGUACGUGAAGGGAAUUCGCACGGCUAAGCUGGAAGAGUUCAAAGUUGCUUGGACAAUGACGCGAUCCGGCUUACCGACCGCCGCAAGCUUGGACGUGACGUCAGUUUUCUCACUGGACGUUGGGUCCUUACCGUCAAAGUUUAAGAACGGUUACUUUUCCAAGUUCAAAGCCGGUUGGGUCUGCCGUGGUUUCCAGGACAAGUUUGCCUGGGACCAGCAAACGGACAGCUCUACGCCCACUCGGUGUGGUUUCCAUUUGGAUCUGAAGACUGCCUGUCUUCAGGGGGAACACUACAAUUUGUCAUCUCGUUCGGUUGUUGUUCAGUUGCCUCCGGACAUCGGCCUUCCACCUUGGACGGUUGGUUUGUGCCUUCGUCCGGUCUAUGGUUUGAACGACGCAGCACGAAAGUGGUGGAACCGACUUGACAAGUUCCUUUGGUCGGUUGGUCUCGAACCUACUCGAGCUGACCGAUGCACAUAUGUCGCCUACGAUGGCAUCGAAGACAAGAAGGGAAAGAUUGGUUGCAGCGGAGAACACAGUUCCAGGCUUGCUGCCAGUUUUCCCGGCUGGCCUCAGCAUCCGCUGCUCCAACCGUUAGUCACUGUAAGGAGUUGA